UUCCUUAUUUUGCCUCAAAGUCAACAGUAAAUGCCAAUAAUUGAAGCAUGGGAUGAUCAAUUCUCUCCACUUUGCUGAAUCUCAUACCUUCCUUCAAAGAGGAAAAUGUUGCGACAAAGUUAAGAACCGAUGCAUACUUUCAUCAUACAUCCACAUGACAAAAGGGAAAAAUUAGGGAGAGGGAAUCUCCUUUCCCUUCAAAUUAAGCUGAUUUCUUACCCUUCUUGUUCCCAUAGUUCCCAAAGAUCAGUUAGCUGAAACAUGGCUGAAGCUCUUGUAAUGUCUGUGAUCGAAAAGAUGGGAUCAGAUGUCAUUGAAGAAGGGCUCAAACUUGUUUGUUCCCAACUAUUCAAAGCAGUUUCACCAUGGGAGGAGGAAGUACACAGCAAAAUUAAAUUGAUAAAGCAUGAGUUUGAACUCAUGGUAGCCUACGUAAGAUACGUGGAUACAAGGAAAGAUGUUGACAAACGAUGGGAAGCAUGGGUGAAAAUACUAAGGGACCUGGUCCACCAGCUCGAAGACAUCAUCGACGAAUAUGCUUAUCUCGUGGGAGAGCAACAUCGGCAUGGAUUCUAUGAUUCCCUCCAUAGAACUUUCAGACACUUCAAGUAUAUCAAGUCUUGGCGUGGCAUCCGAAGGAAGUUACAAGAUGUUGAGGCCAUACUUGAUGACCUCUCAAUGCAGAAAGCACGUUACGGCGUCCAAGAGGGUACAACUUACACUGAUGACUCUACUGGAAGACGUCAACACGGUAAAGAGCCUCCUUAUGCCUUCGAUGAAGAUGAGAUUGUGGGCUUUGAGACAUACAAGAGCCUACUAGUAGGAUGGCUGACUGAUGAGGAACCACUGCGCACCAUAAUUUCAGUAUGGGGAAUGGGGGGUCUGGGAAAGACCACUCUCGUCAAUGAUAUCUACAGAAGCCAAGAAGCAGUGGCUCCCACAACGAAGGGUAAAGAGAGCGCUGUUGUUCAGAUAUGGAGGUGCUUAGAGGGGAGAGGGCAGCGUUUUAUGGAGGAUCCCUAA